ACAUAUGUUAUUGCCAUAACGCAACUGGAUGCUUACGUACCAACUGGUUGUCAGACUACGUGUCAUGUUAUGAAUGAGAAGUCUUCCGCAAACAUAGAAAAUUUCUGGAUGUCGAUCAAUAAAAAACUCAACAACGAAAAAAUUCAACGUAUAGAGGCCGACUAUGAUCUAACUGUGGCUGAUGAGGUGUCCCAGCAGAUGAAAUCAUAUGUAAGAUCGACCACUACCAGAGUUUACAAAAGAUUUUUGGGCAGCUGUGAAACAAGCUCGCCGAAACGGUUAACAAGGACAAAUUGGAGCAUCGAAGGUAGCGACGUAAUCGUAGAUGUCGGGAAUAAUCCGUUUAUAGUAACCGAACACAUCGAGAAGGAUGAAGCCACCAGCACAUCUGCGAACAUGAUGAAUGUCUCAAAUAUUUCGAACAGUCCGGAAAGUAAUGAAGUAGAGUCUCACCCAACAUCUACAAUUCCUACGGCUCCUCCAUCCCACAGCUAUGAAGUUUCAAGUAUCUUAAACAAUUCAAGUAAUGAAGUUGAACUUCAUUCAACACCAAAAACUUCUACGACUUCUCCUCCCCCUUCAUCUCACAAUUAUAAACAACCACGAUUCAUAACUAAUAAUGAAUACUUGGAUAUGAUUUGGUCUCCCUGGCAGUUUGAUGCAAUUAUUUGCGAAAUAGAUAUCGAAGAAAAAUUAAUAGGCUUAUGCGAGAAAGAAAAGAAAGCAAAGGUGAAAUCGUCAUUAAGCUAUGGUAUUGUCGACCUGAAUGAUAGUAGAAUCAUGGAUGUCUUGGGACAACCUGUAAAGUUUUAUUUUGAAGCAGAAAUGAAGAAAUAUAAACCACAAAGAGCCGUGUCAAAAGAAGCUUUGGAAACUUUGAAGUGUUUAAAUGUAACAUCAUUAUCGGAGCUUGGAAAUGCUCUUUCAAGUAUCACCAUUAAUUACGAAAAUCCAAAUAGAGAUAUAGACAAGGGUAUAUUAAAUCUAGAUAGUAUCGAAUUACAAGAAGGAUGGUACAAUAGUAACAUUGUUGCGCCAUUCUUCGACGAUUGCGUAGCUUCACUUAAUGACUGUAUUCUCCGACGUGGUGAAGUCGCAAGCAAAGCACAAAAAUUACUUGGAAUUAAAUCAUCAAAAACGCCGAAAUAUGACGGAGUCUUGUCAUUUAAUAGAAAAAUCGAAUUUAUUUAUGUGGAAACAGCAACCACAUCAAUAUUGUCAAAAAGAGAUAAAGACUUAUCAAAAUUGCAUGAAGCAAUAGCUAUAAUGUUCAAGCUUAUAGCAUCAUCAUUACCAGAGAAACUUGCAUACGAAAUAUCAGAUUUGCCCAUCCUUUGCAUUCAAUUCCGCGGAACAACAGCUGAUGUGUACCUGGCUAAUUGGCCGGUUAAAAUGCGCCCAGUUGUUUUUUCGAUAAUGGAAUUUGACAUCCCGGAACAAGUUACUUCUUUACCAAGUCUAACGAAGUCGGCUUCAUUAAUUCAAGACCUCCAUAAAAAAUAUUAA